UGUGUGUGUGUGUGAGAGAGAGAGAGAGAGAGAGAGAGAGAGAGAAAGAAAGAGAGAAUGAAGGCCACACUUUCAGGACUGCUUCACAUUCUGGUGUUACAGCUUCUGCUUGUUCUAUCUGCUUCGCAGGAUUUCGAUUUCUUCUACUUUGUUCAACAGUGGCCAGGGUCUUACUGUGAUACAAAGCAGAGCUGCUGCUACCCAACAACAGGGAAGCCUGCAUCAGAUUUCGGCAUUCAUGGGCUUUGGCCCAAUUACAAUGACGGCUCUUAUCCGUCCAACUGUGAUCCCAGCAGCUCCUUCGACCCAUCGGCGAUCUCAGACCUAACCAGCAGUUUGAAGAGUAACUGGCCAACACUAGCUUGUCCAAGCAGCAAUGGCCUGAAAUUCUGGUCGCACGAAUGGGAAAAACAUGGGACCUGCUCGGAAUCUGUCUUCGAUCAACACGGAUACUUUGAAACAACUCUCAACCUUAAGAAGAAAGUGGACCUCCUCCAAAUCCUCGAAAACGCGGGAAUCCAACCGGAUGGGGGAUUUUACAGCUUGGAAAGUAUCAAGGGAGCCAUAAGGGAUGGAAGUGGAUACUCUCCCGGAAUAGAGUGCAAUGUCGACGACUCCGGCAAUACCCAGCUCUACCAAAUAUACCUUUGCGUGGAUAAAUCGGGGUCCUUCACCGAGUGUCCAGUAUUCCCGAACAGCCGGUGCAGUUCAAAGAUCGAAUUCCCUUCUUUCUAAUACAUAACUAGUGAAGCAAGAGAGAUCAUGGAUCCCCCUAUUCCAAUAUUAUUGACUUCGUAAAUCAGUUUCUUGCCAUUGGUGAUAAAUAAAAUUUCAUUGAGGU